UCACGGGCCCUAACGCAAUAAUAGGCAAAUGGAAGAUUGAUAUCGAUACCAAGAACAAGAAUUUGGAUGGUGCCGUCAGUUACACGCUGAAGAACCCGUUCUAUUUGAUCUUCAAUCCUUGGAGCGAAGAGGACGUGGUGUACAUGGAAGGAGAGGAGGAGCGACAGGAGUUCGUGUUAGCCGAAGACGGAUUGAUAUGGCGCGGAAGUUACAAUCGUUUGAGGCCAACCGUUUGGAAAUAUUCGCAGUUCGAGCGAGAUAUAUUGGACUGCGCUCUGCACCUGAUGAUCCAAGUUGGGAGAGUUCGCAUAUUUGGCAGAAACGAUCCUGUCGUCAUAUCUCGUAUUUUAUCCGCAGCUGUGA